UGUUUCUGCACCCAGACUCGGUGCGUGUUCGGGAUUUAUGCGAUUUUGAGGUUGGAAUUUUCGCGAAGACAAACGGUUUUUUUCUGUUUCAGUGUAAAAACCAAAUGGAAUCGUUGAAAGUAGUGAUUAUUAAUAUGAUGUCGCGUGAUCAUUGCGUGUCGGUAUCUAUCGUGACCGCGUUUUUUUUGUGAAAAAACAUUAAGACUUCUCGUUGUAGCUUCUCGGUGCAACGCGUUUCAGAGCGAAGAUUACGAAGUUUUGUAGGCAAUCAGACAUGGUAUACCCCCGUAACUUCUACAACAUCAUCCAACCAUACACGACGGAAGAGAGCGAUCUUCACAAAGCUGCCGCCGGGUAUUUCAAAAUCAAGUCAGGCGGCGCGACGAUAAUCAUGAACGCCUCUCUUAACGCCACAGACGCCACGCUGGUACCGGAACUCUUCUACAGACACUCAAUGACAAUGACAGCAGUGUAUUGCGUAGCAUACCUGCUGGUGUUCGCAUUGGGCAUCGUGGGCAACUUUUUCGUGAUCGCCGUCGUGUUUAGAUCACCAAGAAUGCGGACAGUGACGAACUUCUUCAUCGUCAACUUGGCCAUCGCGGACAUCCUGGUUAUCGUCUUCUGCCUGCCGGCCACUCUCAUGUCCAACAUCUUUGUCCGUAAGUGAAAACGAUUUUACUGCAUGUUC